AUGCCGGACCCAUGCAAGCCGCAGGCAUGCGCCAUUCAAGACUGUCUCACGAAAGCAAACUACGACGAGUCCAAAUGCUCGCAUCUAAUAGACCAGCUCUACGACUGUUGUAGCAAGUUUUACCGCGACAACGGCAACGACGCGCGCUCGCCAUGCUGCCCGGUCCCGCACCAGCUCGCCCGCAAACUCGAGCAACGGCAGACAGAGAACCCAUCAGACACUCGGGCCGUCGGCUAG